CCAUGAUGAUGCCCAGUAGAGGACUGGCGGGUGCCGUCCGUCAAGGCGCCCGUCUCAAUCGCAGAUUUCAAAACCUACAAGGACAAAUUGGACUUACUCGACUAGNNAUAUCCACUCCUUCGAGGCCACUGGCUGCACUCAGCUCGCGCUCGACGAGUCGCAUCUUUCAGGGCUCCGUCAUCUCGCUCGCCGCACAUGCUCGUCUUGCCUCGACAUCGGCUCCCGCUGCAGCUCCCACCGCCACGACCGCUCCUCCACCCACAUCCGCUACCGAUGCUCUCGCGACCGACAGCAACCCUUUUGACAUUAGCGACGCUACUGAUUAUGCCAACCUGCCCGAGAGACUCGGCUUCUUGAAGGAUCUCGGUCUGGACUACGGCUGGGGACCGACUGCUGUGAUUGAGUGGUCGCUGGAACACGUUCAUGUCCUCUCUGGUAUGCCUUGGUGGGGUUCCAUUGCCGCAACCGCCUUCCUCUACCGUCUGGCUCUGGUUCCCAUGUUUAUGAAGGCGAGCGAGAACGGUGCCAAGAUGCGCGCAAUGCAGCCCAUUACAAAACCCAUGAACGAAAAGAUGAUGGAUGCCAUGAGAAACGGCGACAGAAUCACUGCCAUGCAGAUGCGCCAGGAGAUGAUGGCCAUCAACAAAGCUGCCGGCGUCAGCACUAUUGGCAUGCUCGUGCCCAGUGUCGUACAGGGUGUCUUUGGUUUCUGCGCCUUCCGUCUGCUGCGUGCCAUGUCCAACCUCCCUGUUCCUGGUCUUGAGACCGGUGGCCUCCUCUGGAUUACCGACUUAACUCAGACCGAUCCAUACUUCCUUCUGCCUGCCAUCAUGGGUGGUACCCUGCACAUGGUCAUGCGUAUGGGAGGUGAGACCGGUACUCCCAUGAGUGAGUCCGCCAGACCUUUCUUGCUAUAUGUCUUCCCUGGUAUCGUCUUCAUCACUACCGCCUGGCUCCCUGCCGCUCUCAACGUCUGGCUUUGUACUACUGGUGUCAUGGGCAUGACCCAGGUCCACCUGUUCAAGCGCCCUGAAAUUCGUCGCAUGUUCGGUCUGACUCCCAUGGUUGACGCCGAGCAAGCCAAGCGUGAUGCUGUGGCCGCUGGACUAGUCAAGGAAGAGACCAAGACUAUCGACGUCAAGGCAAAAUCAUACCCUGCCGAUCAGAGACCUGUAUACCAAGCACCCAACGUUAAGUUCGCCACUAGCUCUGCACCUGCCAAGCAGACUGCAUCCUCUACAGCAUCUCCCGAUGCUGUGCUUCAGGCCNCUCAGAGUCCCUUUGACAGCGUCAAGGCAAAAGGCUUUGGUCUGUUCAACAAGGCCGGCAAGUCAUGGGAGACCAUGAAGGAGGGCUUGAACGAUCAAGUUACCAGAAUGCGUGGAGCAAACAACAAGCCAAAGAGUAAGACACGCUCUGCCGAGUUCAUGAAGAGCGCCGAAGACUACGAGCGCAGAUGGCAAAAGUACAACAAGAAA